UAAGUACACAACACCUAUAGAAACAAAAGGUAAAGCUCCAUAUCCAUGGCUCUUCUCUCUCCAUCUUUCUCCUCUCCAAGCUAUCGUCUUUUCAGGUGCAGGAGGAGCAACAACAUUUCGAGCAAGUAUCAUCAUGGAGGAGAACCAACAAAGGAGCUGAAGAUUUCUCCUUCUCGUGUUUCUACGAGAUCGGUUUCAUCGGAAGAGGGGCUUUCUCGUAGGGGUUUAGUGUUGAUUGGUCUCUCUUCUCCCUUGUCUACGCUCUUGCCACUGUCUUCUUCUCCUGUCACUUUUGCUGCAGAAGAAGCAGGGAAAAUGGGUUCCAUGGUGGAUGAAAUCAAUGCUUAUUCUUAUGCUUACCCACUCGAGCUUCCAUCAGAGAAGCUUGUCUUCAAAUGGGUUGAAUCAAGAAAGCCUGAACGUUACUCUUCAGCUGCACCACUCUCUCCUGAUGCGCGUCUACGGAUUGUUUCCGAACGACUUGACCUCAUCGACAACCUAGUGAUUUCUGUUUCGAUAGGUCCCCCAAACUCAACCUUCCUAACAUCAAAAGACAAGAAAACAUGGACUGCCAAAGACGUUGCUGACUCUGUUCUCUCUGAUAAAUCUGCACUGCGUGUCACUUCAAGUCAGCGUCUAGAAGAGAGCUCGGUUCUUGAUGCACAUUCUACUGAUAUUGAUGGGGAGCCUUACUGGUACUACGAGUACCUUGUCCGCAAAUCACCAACCAAAAUCGCUGAAGCAUCAAAGAUGUACAGACACUACAUUUCUUCAACUGCUGAACGGGAUGGGUACUUAUACACCAUAAACGCCUCAACCCUUGGCAAGCAAUGGGACAUGAUGGGACCGGUGUUAGAAAGAGCAGUCGAGUCCUUUAGGCUUCUUCCUCCUACUGAUAGUUAUGUUCCUCCAUACAAGGAUCCAUGGAGGUUUUGGUGAUACUUCCAACUCCUGUACUUCAGCUUUUCUUCAUCAAAAAUUGCUUUUCUUUUUUUUGAAACUGUAGUUAAAUUUGAUAGGAGAGGUUCAGAAUCUUGAUAGCUCUCUCACUCUCAGUUAUCAAAGUUGUAUUAAAAGAGCCCAACUUUGAAGAACUUGUUUACUGCCCAAUGUAUAUUUGCAAUUUUGCAUGACUUGCCUUGAGUUUUCA